AUGGCCUCAGGUAAGGAAUCUCCGACUUCCAAGAAUACCGGCAAUGAAAAUUUGGCGGUGCCAAUUCCCGUUAGGAAAUUGGCCGCAGGCAACAACAGCACUGGAGAUGGAGGCAGACCGUGGACCCCCAACACGGAAUUGAGUAUCCAGAAACGCAGAAGACCAUCUUACGGAACCAUUGAGACUGACAGAGAGGCACACUACAAUUUGGACUAUCCAGUAAAUGAGGAGGAGCUUUUGAAGCACCAAUUGGACCCCAAGAGCCGUUUUUUCGCCAGAUCAAGACCCAGGUCACUCAAUUUGCCCAGCUUGCUUCCGUACCAACCAGAGAACCCCAAGGAUCGUGCCAAAUUCCUCAGUCAUAUAGUUGCACAUCUAUAUAUUGCUGUAAAAAGCUUAGACAUUCAAGGAUCCGUUCUGAUUACCGCCAAAGACUUGGCCUCGCUAAGAAACGUGGCAGGUCUCUCCGACAUUGAUCUAGCUCUUGAAACGAACCUUUUCGAAAUGAACAAUGAGCAGGCGAGGUCCACUGAUGAUGAAGAGACGAACACAUAUUUUUCACACGAGGAUCUCGAUGUGGAAGACGAAGAAGAAGAUGAGUACGAGGAUGAUUCUGAGAUGGACGAUGAGGAGGAGCUCAAAGAGAGUGUGGAUGAUUUUGACUCAGGGGAAACCUCUCAGCACAAGAAGCUGCCUAAGUCGGCGGCCGUGGUGUCAGUUAGAAUCUGGACUCACGAGCUCCUCGUGUGGCUUAAAAUGAAAUACGACAUGCCAUUGACCCUCAGAAUGGCAUUGGCCAGAGUCUACUAUGCCAUUUGCUGCUGCAGGGGCCAGCAUUUAAACUUGCGGGUGUAUAUCAAGACAUUUGAGCUACUUACAAAAGAUGUGGAUCUUUUGCAAGACGCAGGGUUCACGCUUCCCUGGGAACCUGUCUACUUGGAGCUUGUGAAUCAUUUCCCGGGGGUGGAUGCCUCGUUCGAGUCGUUUGAAAAGAAAGACAUGAACCUUCUCCUUAAGUUGGCUGAGAGAUCAUCGAGUUUCUAUCCACAGGAGGCGCUCCCUGAAAUAUUCAAGCAUUUGGGAAGCAAAUUCUCCAUUCCCAAUGCUUCCUUGGUGCUCUCUACCAUGUGCAUGUUGCCAUUGACAUUACAAAAGGAUGCUAAGUCCGAAACGGAUAUAAGACACUACCUUUCCGCCUUGUUUUUCAUGUGGUCGAAACUUAGCAGGUCUAAUGGUGUCGACUCUCAUCUCACAUCGCGCUUAGGCACAAUAGCCAUGGCAUUCUUGACAAAAGUCUCGAAAGACUCGUCGUUUUCUUCUCAGCAUGGGCCGUAUGGUGUGUUCACUGAAGGGCAAUUUUUGCAUUUAAUCAACGCCCUCAUUAAUAGCUUGAGCAUCAAUGUCCAGAAAUUUGGCUCUCUCAAAACGAAGUUCUUCCAUGGCUAUUCCAGCGCUAUUGUGUUCUCCAUAAACGGUGAGAGCUCUUUAGAGCGUGGUGGUAUCAUGGAGCAUAUCGAGACAUUGCUCAACGCCAUUGAGAGUUAUGUGCAUCCGUCAAAUAGCGGCGAAUGGUCUAGGCCCAUCUCAAAGUUCAUUUUAAGCUUGAUUUACCAAUUCCAAAAAAGAUACAACUUGGAGAACCAGGCCACUGGGAACCUUUAUUCUCUCCCCGACCAACACAAGCUUUCAAAGAAGUUGGUUGAGAGGUUUGUGAGGGAUCUUUUGCCCAUAGUGAGAACCGGUAUUCAGUCCAAGAAAGCAAGUGCAGUUGAUGACUACUUGGUGUGUUUGAAUCUUCUCGCUUCCAUGGAUGCCGAGCAAGUUCUUUCGAGCGUUCUCACUGACUUGUAUGAGUCUUUAGAAGGGGUUAUCUCUACUCACAGAGUGGUAACUGCCCUUCGUUCACUAGACGAGUUGGUGCGGUAUUUUGCAAACACACCCAUAUACAGAGUGCAUUUGACUCGCUUAUUCACGCUAGCGUUGCCUGGCAUUGAUUCUAAUGACCUUACGAAAACUAUGCAUACCCUUGAAGCAUUUGCAGCAAUGGCCAGCUUUGUGCCCAUUCACGACCUCACCGACGGUGAUGGUGACUCUGCCUUGGCAAUCCAAUUCACUUCCUCUCAAUUGGAGUAUUUGCAAUCAAAACUAUACAGCAACGACGCAGAUGUGCGUUUCGAUGUCACUCCUGAACUUGAGGAGGAGGCACUCAAGUCCUCAUCGACAGCAUUUAAGUUGCUCAUGAAAACUUUUUUGGAGAGGGUGUUUUUGCUUCUCAGAAAUAUUCCAGAUCCUUCAAAAAGCAAUGGAUUGGAAAAAGAUCUCUGUGACUGUCUCCCAAAAUUUCUCUUUAUAAUGAUUGAGUCGAUGUCAGACGACAUAUUCAAGUGCUUUAGGGAAGAGGUCUUCAAUUUUGUGCUCGACUAUUCCGUACAUACUAUCGCCGAUGUUGUGGGAGAGAUUUGUGGCGGUUUGAUCAAGCGAGACCCCAAAUAUUUCAAGCAAAUUGCACCAACAUUGAUCGAUCGAGUGAUAGAAGAGGUCUCUGAGAAUGGCGCUGGGAAAGUUAGGACUGGUAUUGAUGUUGAGCCCUUGGAUCAGCCCCUUUUUUGGAACUUGAUUAUACUCAAUGAAUGUAUUGGAAAUGCGGGAAAAUAUGUCGUUGCAUUGGGCCCAAAAUUGAACAAGCUAUCCUAUUUCUUGAUGGACAAUGUCAAAGGAUCCGUCGUGUUCGCAAGCACUUACAUGCUCAAUCAGAUGCUUCAAGCAGUAACGAAAAUGAGAAUUAAUGAGACGAGACUUAUAAAUCCUGCCUACGUCGCUAGAAAUGGCGUAGACGCAAAUUGCUGGGGAGGAUUCCAAUUUGAUGACUACAGAUUCUCACGGGAGAAUCUCACUUUUGACUGGUUUAUACCCGAUGAAGAAUGUGUGAGGUUUGCCGUGGACACGUUUAAAGCACACAUAUCCAAAGCCCUACAGAAAAUACUGGGAGUUCUCAGAGACAUCAUCAAGAACAAAGAGGGUACAUCUCAGAUUUCUUUAGACUUAUCUGACGAACUUCGUGUGCAUCUCCUUUACCUCGGGUAUGGUGUAAGUGGAUCUUCAUACCUCUUUGAUCCUUCCUUCGAUGAAGACAUCCCAAAAUUAAAUGAUCACAAAUAUGAGUCAUUGCAGCACAGAUUACUCUUGCUUAAGCAGCUUCGUGACUUGAAGAGCACCAAGUUCAGUACAAAAGAUGAGGCAAGAAUAGAGAGUGUCCAGGAAAACUUGCAGAAGAUUGUUGAUGAUAUUGAGGGUAAGGAUAUCAUUGAUUUCACUGAGGAUCUUGAAAAGGUUUUCGAUAUCGAUAUGUCUGGAUACUUACAUUCUCAUAAAAGUGACUCAAACGAAAGUAUCGAUGAAAAACAACCCACUUUUAAGAAACCCAUCGCUGUGGGCUCUUUGAGUCAGUCAGACUCUCCAAUCAAUGAGUCAGCACGAGCAACUCCCAUGCUAGGUGGGGUUAAUCUCACCACGCUCAAUCCAGCCAUUACUUUCCGCGAGCGCAAACUCUACACCAGUAGGUACUUCUUUGGUGAUGACAUUGAGCAGCGCAGAGCAAAUGAGAUGUACCUCGAGGUACACCGCACACGACACUUAGUCGGGAAAAGUUUGCAUAUCAUUUUCAAGUUCUUGACUACCCAUCUUUACGACAACAUUCGUAUUUUCAAACACUUGCUAUAUGUUCUCGAUAUUUGGUUUGCAGAUGUUGGACGUGAAAGAAACCUCGACUACAGUCACUCAAGGAUAUCCUUCACUUACUUGAAUGACAUCCAGGAGCUCAACAGAGUAAGGAAACCAUUCACCAGGCUUACUUUUGGCAGCAGAAUCGAAUCAUACCAUCAGAUGCGUGUGGCCUUGCACGCGACCUCCAGAAACAUGUCUGACCUCGAUAAAAUAUUGAUAGAAGAUCUCACAAAAGCAUCCUGCUCAACAUACCUGGCUAUAUCGGACCGUGCGCAGGCUACUUUGUUAGAUGCAAUGAAGCGUGUGAACAACUCGUAUAAUGUCAUUGUCAGGACAGCAUUUAAGAUUCUUUCGAGGGCACUUGAGGAAGACAACCAUAAGAAGAUCGAAAGUGGAUUGAGUAUAUUCCAACUCAAACGUAUCAAAUCGAAGAUGCAAGGCGACUUUUCUUACCUCGGUAGGUAUAUUGACAUCUUGCACCGUUCCAUGCUAGUCGAUCGCCCUGAGGUAAGUGAACUUGCCCAAAGACUUUUCCAGAGUUUGAGUGGAACCAUUUGCCUUCCCAGUAAGGUAUGCUUGAUAGAUCACGAGAUGGUGGAUAGCAUACGGCCUCCUGAUGAAUUUAUCGACUUGGAAAUCAAGGCGGUGACUCUUGCAAAGGAGAAAAAACGGGAAGUGUACGCGGACAAAUUUGAGAAAAUUGAGGAUGCUGUUGUAACCAACGAAAAGCAAAACAAUCACUGGAAGUUGAGCUCUCUCAACCUUCAAUGUUUGAUAGACCUUCAGGUUGACUUCGAUGCACCCACAAGGAAUGACGUUUUCCAGAUUCUCACGAAAGCCUCAUCCAGUGAUCAUCCGCUUAUUGUGCGUUUAGCAUUAAAGGGAAUCAGCAAGCUUCUCAACAAGUUGUUUUUGCUUGGUGCUUACAAUUAUAAUUUGAGUAACGCUUAUGACUUGAGCUUCGUGAUGAGGGACUUCAAAAUAGUAGACACCAAACCAAAAAACAACAUGCCAUACGCAGAGACAUGGAGGCAGGAAGUAACAAAUUUUGAUACUCCAGACUACUACAUUGAUCAUAAGGCAAGCAGUGGCUGGCUAUUUUGGGACGACUCAAUGAUUGCAGUGAGACCCGAGCCUAAUCUUGACCUCAACUUGCGUGAGCAAGAUCAAAGAGUGCUUGCUGGCUUUGCCUCUUGCGUGACAUCCGAAUGGUUUCAUAACAUUGUCAAUCUUUGGGUCACCGAUAACGAAGCUAAUUCUGCUUUUCAAGGCACAGACGUAUUUGCUACGGCAGGGUUAGUUUCACUUAUUUCCAAUGGCAUUGUCGAGACGCUUCGUUUUGAUGAUCUCAUUAAUAUCAUUAAGGAUAUCUAUGUUGAGGACGAAAAAAGUUCACACAUCGUCAUUUGCGAGUUGAUAUCAGGAUUACUUAUUGCGUCGAAGUUCACUUCUCCAGAACUUGCGAAAAAAAGAGAUGAAUUCUUGGUGGCUUUCUUGACCAACUUGUUCGAAAAUGACUUGACUCCGGAGACGAAAAAUAUCUGGACAAUUUUCUCUUGGUGGAUUCCUUCUCACGUGGAUUGCAAGAGGUUUCCUGAAGUGCUCAAAGUGUUGAUAGACUUUAGACUCGACAACGACUCCAACUCCGCUUUAAUCAAGUCCACUAGACUAAGCUACAUUCGCUCGGUUGUGGCUUCCAUGACGUGGGCAUAUCCUUCUCCUGGUCACAUUCUCGAGUUGUGUUUCAAGAACCUCACAAACAAGUCACAAGCUAUAAGGGAACAAAUUGGGUCCUUAAUCGCGGUGACAUCAUUUUCAUUUUACGGAGAGUCAAUGAAAGAUUGUGCCUCUUUUGUUCAAGCUUGUAAUGAGGAACUGGAGUACAUGUACAGAAGAAGUAUGGAACACACUCUCUUUCAAAAGCUACCCGACUUGUUUGAGCAAGUCGAGGCGUGGAGAUUGCAGGUGAAGGACUUAUCAGCACAUGAGAUCCUCAACUCUGAGUACAUCUGUGCAGCUACCACGAUCUUGUCGUGGUUGAAUCAAGCCCUCAACACGAGCAUCGCUAUCCAAUAUCAAGAGUUUGUCAGCAAGUACAUUGCUCCAUUCCUAUUGCACUUGACUGCCAUGAAAGAUGUUUGUCAGCUCGGAAACAUUGAGCCCAUUUCUACUUUUAAGAAGGUGUCUCAGAUACCCUUUGAAUCAAAGUGCUUGGAAGAGGUGGUUGUCAUGUUGGAGAAAUUGAGCAAGGACAGCUUAAACAACGUUCAGUUCUUCAUUUUAGGAGAGUUCAUUGAAACUAUUUACUUCAAGAACCUUUUCUUCCUCUCCAAAUUGCAAAGACAACGCAUUUUUGAUUUGACCGUGACCCUCAUGUACCACAAAAACCUCGAAAUUCGUGAGGCGGCCUCAUCAACCUUCUCUGGAUUGGUGCACACUUCUCCUCCAAGCGUGAUAGAUGAGCUUGUGGAGGUAUACAAAAAUCGGUUCGCCGCUGAUUUGGAUCGUGUGAGAAAACAACAUCGGAAAACAGGCUUCAAGAACGUCAGCAAUGCCGAAACGAUUAUCAUGCACGGAGCUACUCUCGGGCUCGGUGCUCUUGUUCAUGCAUUUUCCUUCCAGUCACCCCCACCGCCAUGGAUACCCGAGCUUCUCACUCUCUUAUCGAACAAGGCUUCAGGUGUCGUUGGAGCCGUGGGAAGAACUGCCAAAGAGACUCUUGGGAAGUUUAAGAAGACCAGACAAGACACAUGGCACGUUGAUAGCAAGGUCUUUUCAGAAUCUCAAAUGCAAGACUUGGAAGGAGUGUUGUGGAAGAGCUACUUCAUUUGA